AUGACAAUAGAAACACAGACUUAUAUUAUUCGAAAAAGUAAUGCAAAAAGACACCAGGGCCGCCAUAAUGGAUACAUUUGUAUUGCUACCAUCCACCACUACGUGAGCAGUCCCCUAGACUCUGUCAGAUCCAUCAAAAGGAUUGCAUGUUCUCUAGAAAGAAAUUUUUCUCUGCUAGAGUCUGAAUUCAGGGCAUAUGAUAAUGAUAUUGAUCGCGAAGAAAAGAAACGGGAGCACGACAAUAUUUGGCUUCACACAUUUACUACCAGGCUGGUCAGAUCUGCUGUUGAGAUCAAUACCCAUAAUAACGGCAAAACCAAUGUUCGCUUGACUAUUAAUUCCAAAGUCAUAAACGCAAUUGAUCCAACUUUGAAUAAAAAUGGCGGCUGGAUAAAUUUUAUUGACGCUACCGAUCCUUGUAAGCCAGAAUAUUGUUAUUUUAUGUUACGAAAUGUACACAAAGAAGUGCCUAGCAGGUACCCAAUAUCGGUCAUACAAUACAUUUCCCAGUUUUAUAAAAAGAUAGACCGCGAAGAUACUCAUAUCAUAAAGAAUAUAGAAGAUAUAGACCAUCAUGAUAUAAUCCCACCUUUACAUCUAGCAAAAAUAUGGCCUACGCUUGUAGAUAUUACAUUUUGUGAAACUUGUACCAUUGAGAACGUAUGUACACGAAAUACGCACCCUUCCGGUAUCGCCUUAAAUGCAGAAAAGGGGGUCGCUGGAUACAACAAUGGGACACCACUUAAUCUUUCAGAAGACAUGCUUCUAAAUAUACUUCCGUAUAUUGAACGUAUUUCGCACAAAUUUAACAAGAAAGGAUUUUUACUUUUUGCGUCGACCACUUCUUUUACAAGGCUCGAUCUUUCGGGAAUUCUCGAUUUUAACGAUGACAAUAGCCUGCGAGAAAUUGUAUCUCACUGUUUUAAUAUCGAAUAUAUCAAUAUCAGCGGUCUAUACAAUAUAACCGACGACGGACUUAACAUAUUGACAAGAUGUAAUGAACUCCGUACAAUUGUUGCUUUUCGGUGCACCGGAAUUAUUGGUGUAUCAUUCGGGAUUCUUAAGGAUACUUGCAGUCAUUUAGAGCAUGUGUAUUUCGACUUUCCUUCAAACCAAACCAUUUCACGGUUAGACCACGAUAAAGUAAACAAGAAGUUUUGGAUUCCACCUUGGGCUACUGUGGUAAAUGGACAUACACAUCAAGUUUAUGCUGCCAUCUUGGGCGACAGUGAAACAAGCGAUGUAGUUAUGAAUAACUCUAGCCCUAUCUAUGGCUUUGGAUUAUACGGGGUACCUGACUCUGUGUCCAACUCUGAUUCUAACGCUGAGUCUAGCGCUGAGUCUAGCGAUAAUUCCAAUGCUGAUUCAGAUGCUAAUUCAGAUGCUAAUUCAGAUGCUAAUUCAGAUGCUAAUUCAGAUGCUAAUUCAGAUGCUAAUUCAGAUGCUAAUUCAGAUGCUGAUUCAGAUGCUGAUUCGGAUGCUGAUCCCACUAUUGACAUCAACUUUGAUUCUAAUGCUAAUUCCAACACUGAUUCCAUCGCUGUCUCGGACUAUAAUUAUAAUGCUAACACUAGUAAUAACGCUGAAUUUGCCUCUGGUCCUGAUUCUGAAUUAUCCUCUAGUUACAACUCUAGCUUAGUAUCUGGAACCAGCUCUAGAUUUUUGUCUGCUUCUCCCUUUGAGCCAAAUAUUCAUCCUAACUCUGGUCCUAACUUUGAACCACUCUUUGAUCCUCAUCCUGGAUUAAUCGCCGGUUCAAGCUCUAGAUCACUCUUUGACCCCAGAUCCGAAUUAUCAUCUAAUCCUCGCGCUAGAUUACCUUAUGACCCAACCUCUAGCUUAAGUUCGAGCCAUCACUCUGGAUCAAUCCCUGGCCAUACACCUGGUUUACUAUCUGGUUCUAAUAUUGAAUUACCUUUUAAUUCUCAUUCUGGAUUUCAUUCUGGAUUUCAUUCUGGAUUGCACUCUGGUCCUCAUUCUAGGCUUCCCUUCGGUUCUCCUUCUGGUUUUAACUCUGGUCUAAGCUCUGGUCCAAGCUCUGAAUUAGCAAUUGCCCCUAACUCUAGGUUAUUUUCUGACCCAAGAUCCAACCCAAUAGUUGGUCAUAGCUUUGGAUUGACUUUAGUAUCUAGCUCUGACCCAGUAUAUCGCUAUCACCCUAAGUUCUUUCCUAACCCUCCACUUGGAUCAAACUCUGAAUCAAAGUCUGGUCUUUACCCUAGUCUCUACUCUGGUUUUUACUCUAGUCCUUACUCCAGUCCUCAUUCUACGCUCCCACCUGGCUCUCAUUCAGGUUCUCACGGUGAUCCUCACGGUGGUCCUCACUCUGGUCCUCACUCUGGUCCUCACUCUGGCUCAUUUCCUAGCCCUCCACUUGAAUCAAACUCUGGAUUAUUCCCUAAUCCUUCGCUUGGAUCAAAUCCUGGAUCAGAUUCUGAAUCUACUCAUAAUAUUAAUUCGGAUUCAGAUCAUAACUCUGAAGCCAAUGAUGUUGAAGAGAUACCGUUUCGUGAAAUGAUGGAUGCCAUCGUUCAGAAGGAAUAUACUAUACGAGACGUACAAGUUGUAGAACACUCAUGGAUGUAUGGUUCUUCAGCCAUGAUAAAUCUUGGGAAAGCCCUGUAUUACUAUACUACCAUAUGCGAUAUACCAGAAUACAUCGGGAAUUAUCUUAUUCCUUUGCUUUCAUCAAACGGAAGUUUAUUUAAAGAAAAUAGUCUCGAUCAAGAGGACCGAGACUAUAUUGAUUUACACACUGUGGACAUUGGAGAUUAUUUUGAUAUGUGUAAAAAAGAGCAACCUCAUCGGAUCAAGGCCUUGUUGCACAAAAAGAUAGACUAUGUAUCCCUAAUUAUUCUCAGGCCUGUCCCAGACUGUGACCCUAAACAUGUUUGUGGAUAUAGUAUCUUAAAGAUGGAUUAUGAAACCGAUCCUUGGUCAUACACUGUAUUGACCUGCGAAGAAUAUCUUAAAGAAUGUUACCCGGUAGAGAUGACGGAACUUGGGGCGAAUACUAAUCAACAGAAUCUCAGCGAAUUUAUGAAGAUUGUCGCGUCCCUGCUUGAUUUUUUUAAAGGCAGAAACUCUAUUCCGAAAGAGCAGAUCGAAACGCUCUUUGAUCUUAGUACGUUUUCCCUGAGGCAAUAA